CGGGACUACUUCAUAGAACAGCUAUGACGGACGCAUUUCCUUCGAUCCGGUCAGAAGGCGGUAAUUUUCGCUCAGCAGAAUUUGUCAUAAGUAGACCAAGCUUAGUACAUUUGGCGCCGCUGAAGCCUGAAUUGAUUGGUAUUCUAUUUGCGACAGAAUAUCAAUUGCCUGAAUCACAACAUGAACUCCGUAUAAAGCACGAUACUUUCUUGUAUGAAAGUGGAAAGACCUAUCAGCAAAGUUAG